CUACAGUAAAGCCGGUUUAUAUGUAUCGCACUACUAAUACUCACAUUACGAGUUAUCCAAUUUACUCGUUGUUUUAUUAAAUGUUUUGAUUAUUUAAACAUUUUGCUUCCAUCUGUGAAUCUUAGUCAUAUUGCAGUCUUUGCCUCUUCAAAAUGGGCUGCAAAAUAAAUGCUCUCUCAAUAUCCAAACUUUUAUCUAGUCUGACAGAGUAUUUGGAUUCGAAAUAUCGUGGACGUUUGUACAACAUUACAAAUUUCCAGGUGCAAGCUGGAUGCAAAGAAUUGGACAAUUUUUUGAGUUCCAUACACAAAGUCCAAUUGACUACUAAAGUAUUUACCGUUGGCAGUGAAUCCUUCAAUGGAGCAGAAGUUGACGGCGUAGGAGAAAAUACGAAAAUAAGAAAGUGUUCAGAGGAGCAUCAAUUCAACUUGAUCUGCAAAUCCACAAUUUUGGAGGAUGAUGGGAACCGGGACAAUUUGGAAAAGUAUUACUGGAGCAUCUUGUUCACAAAGGAGAAAAUUUGCUACGAUUUUCUGGAGAACUUGGCCCAAGAACUGGGAGAAGUGAGCCCAUUGUGUCCCAAAAUGCACCAUUGUUACAGUGAAGGGGAGGAGGAAUAUUUUUGUCUCAUCAUGGAUGACUUAUCCAUAGGCUUCACCAACCCGCUGGACCACGGCGAAGGGAUUUCGCUUCAAGAAUGCAACCUCAUUAUGAAGAGUCUGGCCCGACUGCAUGCCCUCUCGUUAGUUCUGGAAGGCAAACAAGGCUGCACGCUCCCAUCCAAGUACGAAAUAUGUACAACGGAACUCCUAUUCUCGGCUGGAGUGGAGCCUGCCCUAAAGCCUCUGACCUAUAACUCUUUCUUGGGCUUCCUAAAACUGACAGCAAACUUCCGGCCAGAUUUGUUGCCAUAUUUGAAAAGAAUUGACGAUGAUGAAAAUAUAUGGAAUCGUCUUUGCGACUUGGUGAAACCGGGACGGACGUCUUUUUCCUGCCUUUGUCACGGUGAUCCUCGCUCGAGCAAUAUUUUUCUGGAGAAAUCUACGUCGCAAAAACCAUCAUGCAGAGAGAACAAUGGGAAAAGUAGCAAUCAUCAUGAUUAUCAUCAUCACGACGGGUCCAACUUUAAACCGGAAGAAAAAAACGUAGAGAAUGGCAUGUCAGUGAACGGUGGAGGAGAAAGUCAAAUUCAGAGCCUUCUGCUGCAAGAGCCAGGUUUAAGAUUCAUUGAUUUCCAAUUGACUCGGUAUGCAUCACCUGUCACAGAUUUGCAAUACGUGCUUCAUAUGAACACCACACGAGAUUUCAGAGAGAAGCACACCAUGGAAGUGCUCAGGACUUAUUACGCCGAGUUCCAGGAUGUCUUGGGUCGUUUUCCUCACGUCAUUUUGGAACAAUCGGAAGGAGUGCGAGGUUGGACUUUCGAGAAAUUGACGGAGGAAUAUGAAAAAUUCUACAUGUAUGGAUUUCUGGCGGCGGUGAUUUUAUUGCCGAUAGUUCUUCUUCGUCCGGUUGACAUGGACAUUGAUAAAUCCAUGAGCCAAAUGACAAAGGCUGAACGAACCCAGUUUUUCAAAGACGGCAGAGCAGAUCUCGUUUUCAACGCUGGGUCAAGGAAUGACAACAUGAGGAAAAGACUCUUUGAGAUGUGCGAUGAAAUGGUUGCCAAAAAUGUAAUCCCGACGAACGCACCAGCCUAAGCCCUAGUGAACAACCGAAAGACUUUCCCCGUCUCAGUUUUACAUUGCACUGCUCACAAUACCAGGAUGCACAUAUGUACGAGUAUGUAUGGACUCUGAAUGAAAACAUAGAUGUACCGUCAGUCAGUUUAGAUAUUUUAUGUUCUUUCUUAAAUUAAUUUAUUCAUAAAUAUCAUAGUUUAUUAAUUUUAAUUAUUUUGUCCGGUAAAUAUACCUACAUGGGCAUUUGCGCACAUCCGUACCUGAACUGUAAAAAGCAAUCCAUAGUUUAUCUAAAUAUGUAUUUAUGUACUUUAUAAGGAUACUCGAUUUUGUACUUUAUUAAUUAAUCAAGUUUUAACUUUUAUGGCUGACACAUUUAUUUAUUUAUGGUUAUUUUGGGUGAACCUCACUAUCUGUGAGAUUAAUAAUAUUUAGCUACAGUAUACAUAUGUACAUGUGGAUAUAAUUGAGGAUCUUGGUGAUCCAUUUUGCAAUAUAUACUCGCGUCACUGCUAACUUGAGAUGCUGACCAUGUUGUAAUUUUUAUAAUUUUCCUCCCGGAUAUAUUUCAAUUAAAUCGUGAUGAAUGGCAUGAUGUCAUUGUGUCAUAUAAUUUUAUCGCAA